AUAUAAAACCAAUCAUAGAAUAUGGAAUUGCAGUAUAUGGAGCAACAAAUCAGACAGAAUUGAAAAAAUUAGAAACCAUUCAAAAUAAUGCAUUGAGAAUUGCAACAGGAUCCUUCAGAUCAACACCAAUAAUAGCACUACAGGCACUGAGAAAUCAAAUACCAAUAACAAGUAGAAUAAAAGAAUUAGAAUGUAUCCAGUUAAUCAAAAAUUUAGAAAAACAAGAUAACAUGCCAAUUAAACAUCUAACCUUAAAAAACAUAGAAAAUUUUAACCCAAAUAAAGAUAAAAUGUCUCUGGUAUUUAGAGUAAUUGAAACUUGCAAAAAAUGGACACUAAAUUUAAGGGUGAACACAAUACCUAACAUAUCCCCAAUUCCUCCAUGGUCUGACAUCCUACAAAACAUAGAAUCAAAUUUCAUGGAAAAUAUGAACAAGAACACACCACACCAAAUGAUACAGCAACACUUCCAUCUGCUAGAAAAUACAACAUACCAAAAUUAUGACAAAAUAUACUCAGAUGGAUCAAAAAUAAAAGAACCAAAAUCAACAGCGGCAAUAUAUAUUCAAAACAAAAACAUUACAAUA